AUGGAUCGUCUAUCAAGUAAGUCUGCAUUGCUAAAAGGAGCACAGGUGAAGAUGCGCUGUCUAACAGCAGGCAAAACUACAAACUGAAGGUGAAACAUCCGAACAUUAUUGUUCAAAGACCCAGAAUUGCGAACAGGCUCAGAAAUUGAGGCACUUGAGUGUUUUUUAUCUGUAAAGCAUAAGCAAGGACAAUCGGUUCCUCUCCCAAUACAUCGAAAGUGGCAAGCUAAAAUCUCUAUGCAAGGUCAUAAAGUGCCAUUCUUACAGCCAUGGCUGCGAAGUCUAUAA